AUGUGUAGGAAUCAAAUCGAAUCGGAUUUUAAAGGUUCGGUUCCGAUGUAAAAAACAAUUUACUUCGUAUUACUCUUGCUUGCUUAACUCGGUUUCUUGCUUUCUUAACUCGGUUAACAAACGCCAGCGGGCGGAUACCGUUUUGGCAUGUAAGACGAGUCCCCCUAUCUGCCGUCAAUCCUUCCUCUCGCCCCAUUCUCGCCGGCAAUCUCCUCGGCCAGCGCUACCACAUCACCGGCAGCAUAGUCGGUGCGCUUUCUAUUCAUUUCCACGUAUAUACGCGUUUUCAUACAACCGGAUCUUUGAAUUUACACGUCGAGUUGGGAUAUUAUUGAACCAGAUCGUGCUAGAUUUUCUAGUCCAGGUCUAUUUCUGACGUUUUGUUCUCUCUUCUCGCUCCUCGAAGCGUUUUUUAGUUUCCUAUCCGGUCCGACUUUAUUCUGAAUCUACGGAAAUGGUUUCCUUCGAGAUGAACGACCGUAAAAAGAUUGGUCUAGGGUUGACAGGAUUUGGAGUUUUCUUUUCAUUCUUAGGAAUCAUUUUCUUCUUCGACAAGGGGCUAAUUGCCAUGGGAAAUAUCCUCUUUGUAUCUGGGGUGGCCUUAACAAUUGGUCUGAAGCCAUCCAUGCAGUUCUUCAUGAAGCGUAGCAACUAUAAGGGAACAAUGUCAUUUGGAAUUGGCUUUUUCUUGGUUGUCAUUGGAUGGCCUAUUCUGGGAAUGAUUCUUGAGGCUUAUGGUUUUGUUGUGCUUUUCAGUGGGUUCUGGCCGACUUUGGCAGUUUUCCUGCAAAAGAUACCUAUUCUUGGCUGGCUCUUUCAACAGCCUUUUGUCAGAUCGUUUUUUGAUCGUUACCGGGGAAAGCGAGUACCAGUAUGACUUGGGUGUCUCAUAUACAACGUGUAAGCAUUAUGAAAUAUGGCCAUGAAGUGGUGUGCGACUCACCAGCAGUAUGAUGAUUGAUGGCAUUAUAGUUUUUGUUCUUAGAUGAGAUGGACAUGGGUCUCUUUUAGUGCCUUGUGGCAGUUUGCCUUUUCAUAGUAGUUGUAAUCAUCCAGAAUUGAUUUGUAUCAGAUUUUGGUUCAUAAGUUCUAAAUCUGUAAAUACGUUAAUUUGGUGGUCAAUCAUCAAUCAUUGAACUGGAAUUCUUGAUGAAACAUAGAGCUGAGCCUGAGCGUAGAUUGGGGUGGAACCCUUGUCAUUUUUUACAGAAGUUAAAAUA